AUGCGUUCAAAUGCACAAUUGCUCAAAAAAUUCCUUCAUUCGGCCACAAUAAUUCUAAAUUUUUUUCGUGUAAGUAGUAGCCCCGUUGACCAAUAUGAACAUACUGCUGUGCGCACAAAGCUCAUUUGUAAAAGAGCUACAUUUUUGGCCAAAUACAUACUCAAAAGCCCCAAGCAAAAUAGGACAACGGUUUUUGUUCAGUGCGAUUUACCGACCGAAGACCAUGGGCUGUGUGUGGACCCGAUGCGACUCUCAUACAAACAACGACUUCGUUGGCAUAUUAAGGAAUUUUGCUACAAAACAUCGAUCCAUGGAGUGCCGAUGCUUGAGCAAGCACCGAACACGUUGUACAGGGUCGCAUGGGUUGUGUUGCUUAUUAGUUGUGCCUGUAUGUUUUUAAUACAAGCGGUUAGUGUGGUCGCGAAAUACAAUCGAAAUGAAAAAAUUACAAAUAUUGAACUCAAAUUUGAUACAGGUAAUGCUCGUUUUACACAGCACAAGGAUUUCUGGUGCAGAGGCUGCACAGCAGUAACCUUGCUUUUGGUCAUCCUACAUCGAUAA